GCGGAGUUGACUCGAGGGGACGCGUCUCUGGAGCGCAAAAUUGAACUUAGUGACAAACAGGCUUCUUGCUUAGAGCGGGCGUUGCCGCUGCUGCAGAGGUUUAGCCCCCAAAGCAAAAGAAGGAAUGAUUUGCUGCAGCAGCUAAGGACGACAGUUGAGACUCAUCUAAGCAGAAUGGUCCCUGAGGCGGUGGAAGCUCGGAAAAGACUGGAGGUUGUGCUGGAGCGCAUCAAAGAAAUUCAAAAAGAAACCGAAGAGAUCUGCAAGAGGGAAAUUGGUGAAGAGGCGGAAAGCGACUGA